UUAAUUUCCCUUGUAUUCAGUUGCAUACUUCAGAUCAGUGAUUUCCAACCAGGGAUGCUUCUGCAGUUGCCAGUGGCUGUGUGGAAAGAUUGUAGCUCAACUCAUUUAAAAAAACAAAAACCUUCAAUAACGACUGGAUUAUUAUUAUUUUUAAUUAAAAAAAAAAUGCAUAUUGAGUCUGAAACACCUGAACAGUACAAAUUGCAAUUGAGAGUGCAUGAAAACUAGGUAAACAAGCUACCUAGCUAAAAGUAACGUUAAUGGAUACAUAGUUGAAAUGUACAGCUAAAGUUAAUGAGUAGUUAGCUAAAACUAAUGACAUUGAAAUGCAUAGCUAAAAGUAAUAAAUAGCUGAAAGUAUACAUAGGUAACAUCCAGUAUAUGUUAGAUGCUAGAUUAAUGGUUAUGGUCGUAGCUAAUCAAACCGACCUAAACAUUAAUGAAAGAAAUGUUGUAGCUUUUGGUUUUCAGUUCAUCUGACGGGCUGUGUGCAGGUCGGGAACCACUGCUUUAGUCAAAAGAAUUGAUAUAACAAAAUACUGGCAGACUUUUAAGUUACUUUGAACUUUAACUUUACUUGAAUCUGUGUUUAUUGAUUAGAGGUUAACACCCACUUAUUGUUCUCAUUUCGAGACACAUUUUCAAAAUUGGUUUUAAAUAAGUGCAUUUAAUGAACCUGGUGUUUAAAUGGUUUGUUGCAGUAGGCCUGUUUCCUGAAACUCUGCAGAGCUACUAAGAUUUAAAGUCUCCCAGAGUCUCAGCAGUGACAUCUGGUGGUGAUAGAACGGAAUUACACCCUUGAACCGUUCAGGGCCAUUUCACCUACUCCUCAGUGUGUGGGCUAUAAAAUGUACGUUUUAUUGCAGAUAUUCGUGUUUGUAGUUUGCAACAAGAACGUUCCUCUCUUCCCAAGUGGAAAUUGAAAACUGCAGAACAGAUGCUUUCAUCGGCUAACGCAUUUCGGGUAGACUGUGUAGUCAGAUUUAAUUUAUACUUGAAAUAAAUGACCCUGAGCUCAUUUUGACGCAGAUUUAGUCUUUUCACAGUGAGGCGCUCAAUGGUAGCAGCCUACUCCUUUUAGUGUCACCGUCAUGUAGGCCGCCUACAGUAUCCUUAGGAAUGUUAUAUAAGUUUAUUGUAGGUUUAUGGUGGCUGUUUCUCCUCCCUGAGGCAUGGGAGAAACCUGCUGUCCAAGUAAAGAAGGAAAAGCCUUUUUUUUUUUUUUUUUUUUAUAAAUAAGCCUUGAUUAACUGUAAAUAACUCCCAACGUGGGUCGACAACAGCACUUGGCUCUGUAUUUGCAUUUGAAUGGGAGGCAGCACCGUAAAGCGUAAACACUCCUUAUCACAGCAUCAUUACGCAUGCUUCGGUGGGUCAACCUUUAUCUGCUCUGCUGAGAAUCUCGUACGUCGUUAAGUCUUCGGGAUAUGUCGAGGUAAAUGUUAGUUAGAGGACUUUACGGGCUUGCCAACUGUUUAUGCGCUCUGGUGCAGGCCCGAGGAGAGGCUUACUGGAGGUUUCUGUGGGGAGAAGAAGGGAGCCAGACAGGCGGCAGUCUGCGCUGUCUUGGCCUCGGGGCAGAGGCAGGGAGCGAGCAGGCGAGCCAAUGAGAAGGAGGCCUCCACUCCCCUCUGUCCUGCCCGGCUUGGCUCAGCUCGGCGCGCCCUGUAAUUACGAGCUCUAGUUGGGUUGGGCGCCGCCACGGUGGACAGCCCUGCUGCUGCUGCUGCGUCAAGGGAGUUUGGGAACGCCAGCUCCAGACUGUGAGGAUUCCUCAGCGCCUCCUGGUUCAGAGUUUGGAGCAGACGCAAAACAAAAAAAAAGAAAAAAAAGGGCGAGAAUGAACGGGCAGUCCUCACCUGCCUUCGAGGAGAAGAAGCCUUCCCUCCCCGUGGCUGGGAGCUCCAUCUCGGCCACCAAGGAUUCCCCGACCCUGCCGGAGUCCUCAUCCACAGACAUGGGCUUCUACAGCGGCCAGAGUGCGCUCCACGGCUCGCAGGACUUGUACCCGGCGCAGCAGCCGUACUCAGCUCAACACAUGAACCCGUACGCGUACCACCACUAUAACUUCAACGGGAUGGGUGCUGGCGGUGCCUACGCUGUUGGCAAGGCAGAAUACCCGUACCCCCAUGCAGCAUACAGAGAGCACGGUGCAUUCAGCAGGGAGGUGCAGGCAACGCUGCAGGACGGUGUGAAAGAAGAACCAGACGUGGAGGUUCGGAUGGUCAACGGGAAGCCCAAGAAGGUGCGCAAGCCCCGGACCAUCUACUCCAGCUACCAGCUGGCAGUCCUGCAGAGGAGAUUCCAGUCGGCACAGUACUUGGCCCUGCCGGAGCGCGCCGAGCUGGCCGCACAGCUGGGCCUCACACAGACACAGGUCAAAAUUUGGUUCCAGAACCGUCGCUCCAAGUUUAAGAAGCUCUACAAGAAUGGAGAGUUUCCACUCGGGGAUAUUCCUCUUGAACACAGUCCAGACGCCAGCGAUUCCAUGGCCUGCAACUCUCCUCCAUCCCCAGCUGUGUGGGAAACCAACAACAGCAACAGUAACAACAACAACAACAGCAGCAGCAGCAGCAACAACACAAACAGCAGCAGCAGCAUCAAGGGUAAUGCAAUGAUGGAUCCUACCAGCAGGGGGCAGGGUCCCUAUCAGCCUCCAGUUGAUGCCUCACCCGCCUGCAUGGCAGAGUACACACACCAGAACUGGUACCAGCAGCAGGGUGCACAUUUAGGUCUGCAGCAGUCGGACCCGCCGCACCACCCACCAUCAACAGCACCGCCAGCCACACAGAGUAUGGGAGCCGUCUACUGACGCUAAAACAUGGACUCUGCACAAGGGUUUGACUGGAGCCCUGCGCUUAAACACCAGCAGGAUUUUUUUUUUGGAUCAUUUGGAGCGCUGUUGUGACCAGAAACACCUGAAAGUGAUCAUGACACAUGAGUUAUGACUGUAAAACCUGACACACAUGUUGUAUAACAGGCUUUUCUACAGUAAAUGUGGAUUGAAAACAAGUGCUGGCCUCAGUUACCCUGUUCUCCUCUGAAGUUUAUGAACUCAUAACAUAGAGGUUAUAAUGGAGAUCAGGGUGAUUGAUGUGGGGUUUUCAGUGCUAAAACUGAUACUGACAUUUUUAUUUGAAAUCACUGAUAAUGGAUUACAUUUUGUAUAUUUAAUAUUUUAAAUAUGACUAUAUUUAUGCCAAGAAACUUGGAUUAAUUCAGUCUUUCCCUUAAAAUGUCCUUCUGGAAUGGGCCUCUGACACAGUAUUUUCACUCUAAAACUGAAUACUACUGAAAUUCUUCCAAGGUUUGCAGCAAAUGAAAGCCCACCACACCAGCCUGGGAAACUUUUAAAUAUGUAAGGCUUUAAAUUCACAGAAAACAGGACUGUUUGAUGUUGCUCUGGUCAGACACCAUGUCAAAGGUGAACAACACUUAACCUUUUAAAAUAAAACAUCAAUAUCAACCAAACACAGGAGACAAACCAUGGAGUGACACUGAAACGAUCCAUGAGAGGGUGCUUUUUCUAAUAGGACAAUUUACUAACUGAAUUUAAACUCAUUUUCUGGGAUAAAACAUUUAUACACAGCAAUGGGUAAGAACAUCACCUUGUAUGAAACCUUUUGUGGCUCCAGAGGGAGCUGUGUGAAGUCUGAUAAGUUGCCUCAAGUGAUGUCAUUUGAGUCAGCGUCGGUUGGGGCUGAAGACUACAAGUUUGAAAAUGAUAUAAAUCUGGGGGUGUGGCGUUAGAAAGAAGUGAGCUUACCAGACCUCUGUAGCCCGCUCCUCAUCUCUGCUUGAUGCUAGCAGCUCGAGGCUACAUUAGCCACUACUAGCAUAAUGCCCGGAAUCUCUCGACCAAACUGUGGUGGUCGAGUUGCAUUGUGGGCAAUGUAGGCACCAGGUUUUGACAAGGACAAAGAAUGUGUUGAAUAAAAAAAACGAUAUCUCUGAUUCUUCUGCAUCGAUUUUAAUUUUAUAGGAGUGCAAUGCUAAAUUGGUGGAGUACUCUUUUAAGGGCCUUUAAAAGUUGUCCCUUUUUAAAAUGGCUUCCCUCCCACCUGACCCCGUGCUGAUGCCUUCUAAUCAGUGUGUGUGAGUUGGUAAAAACUUAAGGGUAUAUGUUAAACCAGAGAGAGACACAGGUACAAAAUGGGAUGUUAAUGUUAUCCUGUUAUCCAGCACUGUCAGUCCUUUUUGGUUUAGCAUAUGGGUUACGUCCUCGAAUAUUACAUCACACAGUCAAAAAAUUGCCAGGUACGAGCAGCAGUUCAGAAUUGACUCUGGUGGUAUGUACUGUAAAGGUAGCUGAAAUGUUCACAUGGGGCCUCCUUUCUGAAGACAUUUAAAACAUUUUAAUGUUUAGGUGAUAUGUUCAUUCAUUCACAAUGUGAUCACUGAGAAUUUUGCUGCCUUUGCUGCUUAUUCUCUUAACUGUAUAAAUCUGCCAAUUAGCCAGUAAUUUACAUUUAAUCAUUUUGGGGGUUUUUUGCUAUUAAAGGGCUCCCCCAGGGAUUUAUUGUCUCACUUUCAAAAAGUUGGGGGACUUGCGAGACACAUUUAAAAAAAUAAGGGGCAAAAUCGAAACAGCGGAGGCUGAGAUAUCCUGACUUUUAGCCACUAGUAUGAAAACACUGCAUCCUACAGUUCCCAUAAUGCAACUCGGUAUUGUCUUUUAUUAGACCCUCCUUGCUCGAUAAAGUCCCACAUCUUUCAAACUCCAUGUUGACUCUUUAACAGACUUUCUUGUUAUAAAUUUGACAUGUCCAUCCCAAAAACCAAGAUAACCCUGAUGACAUCACUAUGACAUCAUCAGGGUAAGUUUCUCAGACUUGACAAAGCUCCUACAGAGCCACAGAAGACAUUAUAUAACUGUUUUCAGGGGCUGAGUAGUAUUCUUCACGAUGAGUAAACUUAUCCUCAUGGGCCCUUUAAUUCCUGCUCACAAACACUACAAGGCCGUGACCUCUUAAAAAAAGAUCAAGAGCAACACUCAUCAAGUUGGUGCUAAAACAUUUGAAAAAGAAGUUGUAUAUAUUCUAUUAACACAUGUACUGUACUCAGGUCAACUGUAGAUCAAAAGUGCCUUAGGAGUUUGUGCCUUAGGAGCAUUUUUUUUUCAGAGUGAAAAAGUAAAAAAUAAAAUGUCUAUAUUACUA